AAGACAUCAGGCUUAAUUAGACUCCGAAACUUGCAGUGGUGCCUACAUCUGGAGAUACCAGGCUCAUCCAAGCUGUAUGAAUUCUCUGAAGAAAAGUAAAAGUAAUACGUGUUAAUGAGACAGUGGGAAGGAUUGGAGCAGACCAUGGCAAACAGCUAUGUAACAGUUCCUGAUGCAUACUGUCUUGCUGAACCUUUACCAUAUUAUGACGUCCUGCCAGAUCACAUUAAUUAUCAACUUCCAGAAUCAGACUUUCAGGUGACUCCAUAUUGUCAGUAUACAAAUGCUCCUUACUCCCCUGUGUUGCAAUCCUCAACAUCACAAUGCCACUACAGUGCGUAUAGUUUGGAGACUUCCUAUGGUGAUGGACAAUAUGUCCUUAGCACGUGUGAAAUGAAUAAUCCACCUUUAAAUGUUACGCAUAACAUGGAAGAAAUGUACCCUACUGUAAAGAGGACAAGAAUUAGUCAUUCCAACAUCCGGAUAAAGGGACAUGAAGAACUUUGUGUCGUAUGUGGAGAUAAGGCUUCGGGGUAUCAUUACAAUGCACUUACAUGUGAAGGGUGUAAAGGUUUCUUUCGUCGUAGCAUUACCAAAAAUGCUGUGUAUAGAUGUAAAAAUGGUGGACACUGUGAGAUGGACAUGUACAUGCGGAGGAAGUGUCAAGAGUGUCGGCUAAAGAAGUGUAAGGCUGUUGGCAUGCUUGCAGAAUGUUUGUUAACUGAAGUACAAUGUAAGUCAAAGAGGCUCAGGAAAAACUGUAAGCAAAACAGCUCAAUAUUAUGUAAUGUGAAAAUGGAAGAUGAUGCAAAUGACAGCAGACAAGUUUCAUCAACUACAAAGUCGGCAAAACAGGUAGUAACACGACUGGAACUGACAGCUGAAGACUGCAAGCUCAUUGAUCAUUUAGUUACUGCAUAUCAAAAAUAUGGCUCCCCAGUAGAUGAUCAAAAAUUAUUACUAGAAGAAUCAGCAAAUCCAGAAGAAAUAUUCUAUUAUAUCUCUGAAGCAGCUAUGAUGCAUGUUCAAGUGCUUGUAGAAUUCACAAAAAGGAUACCAGGGUUUGAAAUUCUGGAUCACAAUGAUCAAAUUGCUCUUCUAAAGGGAUCCACUGUUGAAGCAAUGUUUUUACGUUCAGCCCAAAUGUACAAUCAAAAAGCAACAGCGUGCUCACAGCUAGAAAAUGGACUUGCAAAAUACCAAAGCCACACAGAAGAUUAUUACCACAUUCAGGAUUUUGACAGAUGUCCUCUGUAUUCCUCAGGACCUAAUCCUCGGCAAAAUACACAAACAUUUAAUACAGAUCUCACAGAAGAAUUUAUUACUCCACUGUUCAACUUUUAUAGAAGUAUGGGCUCCCUCAAUGUGACUGAUGCAGAAUAUGCUUUACUCUGUGCGAUAACUGUGUUCUUUUCAGAUCGCCCAUUCUUAAAAAACAAGAAUGGUAUUGAAAAACUGCAGGAACCACUUUUAGGAAUUUUACACAAGUAUUCAAAGAUUUACCACCCCGAAGACCCACAGCAUUUUGCACGACUAAUUGGACGCUUGACUGAGCUAAGGACCCUUAACCACAAUCACUCAGAAGUUCUGUUAUCAUGGAAAACCAGAGAUACCAAGCUAACCUCCUUGCUUUAUGGUGGUUGGGACUUUCACUAAAUUCUUCACUGUAACCAUCAUUAUGAUUACCUAAUUUAUGGAAAUACAUCAGUUCUGUUGGACACUGUUUUGUGAUACACACAUGUAAAGGGCCCAAGCCUUCUUCACCAUUUAGACUUAUCUUUAGGUUUUUGUUUCUCUAUUGUGUACUUUC